AGGUGAGAGUCAGUGGCGCGAGGCCCCCAUUGGCUUUUUGCAGCAUCCGCGCGCUCUGGUCCCAGCAGCAGCACAGCUCUAGGGAGAACAGUAAAUUGGUGCUAAAGACUAUCAAGCAAAACUUGUCACGGUGUCACAAUGGAGAUGCAAGUGGAUUGGGAAUCUGCAGGUGAUGCAUGCAACUCCAGAGGAGAUUAUUCUGGUGAAUCCAGUUGUAUUUCUGAUUGGAUAGGUGAGAAAGCCAGCCAACUGCUAAAGGUAGAGGAAGACGACGUGCCAGUUUUCUGUCCUGCAAGCAACCCUAAUGCAUUUUCAGAUAAGGUGGUUCUCUCUCCAGAUUCAUAUUCCACAAGAGAGGAAAUCUCUUCAAGAGCAUCUUUGAAAAUAUCAGCCUACUGCCAACGAUGGGAUGCAACCACCCCUGGUGUAUAUGUCCCUUCUGGCUCCAGAUAUAACUUCCAUUAUGAAGGUAAAAGCCUGGAAUUCCAAACAUUUGAGCAUUGUAAGCAUUCUCCAAGGGGAGAGGAAGAGGAAGAAGAGAAUUUCAUCAUCCUUGUUGACACUUUUGAUGAUGAGAAUCUGCCACCCCAGAUAGGCAAACCUUUGCUCCAUCACUGUAAGAAGUGUGAGAAGUCUUUCCAAGAUCUCAGUAGCCUUGAGGAACACAAGCAGCUCCACGAAGUUAGAAAUUCAUACCAGUGCUCCCUUUGUGGCAAAGAGUUUUUACGUGCAGCUAACCUGCGGAUUCAUAAGCUUUCCCAUUCUGCAGAGAGAUCACACAAGUGCCCAAUAUGUAACAAGGGUUUCAUUCGCCCCGCUGAUGUCUGGAGGCACCUCCGCAGCUUCCACAAGGUUGAGCGCUCCAGUGUUUUGAGAAAUGCCAUUAUAGGGAAUCACUGGUCUGGAACACAGCAGAAUCAAGAUGAUAGCAGGAAGUCUGGACAGCUAGGUUCUGUUGUCAGAAAACGUGGAAAAGAUGGUUCAAAGUUCUACUUCUGCCCAAUAUGCAAUAAAGGUUUUAGUAAUUCUAGCUUGCUUUCCAAACAUAAAGUAAUCCAUCGGGAGGAAAAGCCAUUCAAGUGCAAAGAAUGUGGCAUGGCAUUUGUCCAACUGGUCAGGUUGAAAAGGCAUCACCAGACACAUACAGGAGAGCGUCCUUUCUCCUGCAAAGAUUGUGGCAACACCUUUACACGUCUAGGUUCAUUAAAACGCCAUCAACGGAUCCAUACUGGAGAGAAGCCCUAUUCCUGUUCCUACUGUGGCCUCUCCUUCACAGACUUGGGAAUUCUAAGGAGGCAUGAGCAGACUCAUGUAGUCAUCCAAGCAUAGUUUGUUUGUUUGUUUGUUUGUUUUUGCCUGCUCCCAAAUAUCAAGAAAACUCUCCUUUUAACAUUUCAGAUACACAGAUUGUGGCCUGUUCUACACUGAUGUAAAGACCAGGAUUGUUUUUCACCCACCCUUUUAAAUUUUUUAUUUUGUUCCGAAGUGCCCAAUGGGGGCAAGGAGAAUUUCACCAUGGUUUUGGCCCUCUCUGACAUUUUUCAAGAGAAAGUUACCUGUUACGCUUUUCUGGGUCACUUCAUGUUGGGGUAAAAAGGGUUUUCUUGGGCCUAAAAAAAUGUAGCAGUGGUGGUACAGCAGUGGUAUGUUGCCCUCCAAGGUUGUCUGGGAACCGUUGCAGCCCCAACUGUUGGGAGCAACAGUUGUCCAUCCCUAAGGGAAAGAAUUGUGUUCAACCUUACAAUGGGCAAGAUCAUCUGCUGUUACUCACGAUAGUACAUUUACACAAUCAAGCCAUGUCUUGAUGGCACUGUCAAUGUGAGUGAGCACAUUGACCCAUUUAGGGAACUUCAGAGGGUUGAGGGUGGUAAAUGAGUGUUUAUGGGGCCAUGCUAUUCCCUUACAACAGCAGCAUUCUGGAGACCAGAGGUUCUAAACUGGUAUCGGAGGCUCUUUAUGUUUUAGAUUUGAACUCUCAGAAGCUGCUAUUAUUUUUUGUUCAUUUAAUUGUCUAAUUAAGCUUGUCUAAUUGUUUAUGGUUUUUGUAGCCAGGGCCUGUUUUUCAUUACCUAUACCAACUUCUUUUUCUUUUACGGAGCUUUUAGGGUUUUUGUUCUUCCUUGAAUGGCCUUGCCUUUCAAUAUGCGAACCUUUUAGGUAUUUGAAAAGGUCUGUGAUGCUAAAUCUCAUCUUUGUCCUACUCUCAACUUUUAAGUUAACCAGGAUCAUGGAUACACCAUUUUUUUUCCUUCAUCUGAGGAGUUGAUCUGGCUGAGUGGAGACAAUAGUACAAGAAUAAAAAUAUGUUACCAUCCAAUUGAACUUGUAUAGUCUUGUUCUUCUUGUUCUUCUGCUUCUUUUGAGGAAAGCCUAACAAGAACAAAUAGCUGUGCUGUCAGAACAGGACAGAAUCUACCUUCAAACAAUAUGUCCUGUUCUUGUUUUCAUUUUAAACCGGCAACU